AUGGGUAAUAUGAUACGUACACCUAAUAUCGAUACUACGACUGUUGUGGCUAAGAUAGUAGAUGAUUUAUCAAGUGAUGAUAUGCAGCUUAUCAAAGGGAGGACCUAUAUAGUGGGUUAUGAUGUGGUGAAACGUUAUGUAGAAGAAGGUAAAGUUGAACUGGUCUAA